AUGACUCAAUGCGUUAUGAAUUUAGGCGAUUGCGAAGGAUCUCAAAUAUCAAUGGGAUAUAAUUCUUACAUGAAAAAGGUUGAAGAGUCCAUAAUAUCUAAUCCCACUGAAAUAUUCAACCAUACGCAUAUGAAAAAAGGUACUACAAGGAUACCUGGAAAGAUGUUUGAUGGUAUUAAAUCGUAUGAUUCUUCUCAAGAUAUUGUUGAUGCUUUUGCUUCUAUAUUUUCUAAUACUUAUUUUCCUAAAAUAGAUGUUAGCGCACAAGAUAUUCCGUCAAAUCGUCUUUGUGUUCAGCUACAACCAGUUACUGAAGAUGAAUUGCUUAAAUACAUGGCCCGUUUUCCUGCUAAACACACUUCUGGAGAUGAUCAAAUACCGAGCUUCAUUGUACAUGAUGUAAGAUUUGCACUCGUAAGACCACUUUUGUAUAUUAUUAACUUAGCCAUAUCAUCGUCCACAUUUCCUAGUUUAUGGAAGAGAGCUCGAAUAAUUCCUGUUUAUAAUAAAGAUGAUAAGACGCAAUUAAAAAACUAUCGACCGAUUGCCAUUCUUUCAAACUUCGCAAAAUUAUUUGAGGAAAUCAUUUAUACUUGA